AUGCAGGCGCGGCUUCUAAGUGUGGUACUGUGCUGGACGGCUGUAUCGCAAGCAGCUCGACUGCUUGCUGUGUUACCGACUAACACUAAGAGUCACUAUGUCAUGUACGGUCGGAUAUUAGAGGCUUUGGCCAAAAAAGGCCACGAACUCACAGUCAUCACACAUUUCCCAAUGAAAAAGCCGCUGCCGAAUGUAAGGGAAAUAAGCGUGGCAGGAACAAUACCCGAAAUCAAGAAUAAUCUAAACUCCAUAAAACAUGACUCUAUAAAACCAGAUUUUAUUCGAAAUUUGGAACAAAUAUUUACAGAAUGCGUUGAUUCAUGUGACAUUGUAUCACAAGUGCCUGCAGUUAAAGCGUUAUUUAACUCAUCGCAGACUUUUGAUCUAAUCAUAGUUGAAGUGUUCGGAAGCGAUUGCUUCCUACCACUAGGAGUUAAGUACAAAGCUCCUGUUGUCGGAUUAUUAUCGAGUGUGCCACUCCCAUGGGUUAAUGUGCAAUUAGGUAACCCAGAAGCUAUUUCCUAUGUACCUUCUUACAUGGUUGGCUAUGGACAAAGGAUGACUUUAUGGGAACGACUUUCAAACACUAUUUCUGUAAUUAUAGCCAAAGUUUUAUACACAUACAAGUCACAAGUUCCUUCGCAGGUUAUCGCAGAUCGUCUUUUUGGACCUGGACCGAAGUUGGAAUCAUUGGCUCAGAACUACAGCUUGGUAUUAUCGAACAGUCAUUUCAGUAUUAACGAAGUACGCCCCCUAGUUCCAGCACUCGUGGAAGUUGGCGGAUUACAUUUAAGCGACUCACCGACACUACCCAAAGACCUAAAAAAACUGUUAGACGCGGCAACGGAAAAUGUAGUCUACUGGAGUUUCGGAUCGAUGUCUAGAAUCGAGACUAUACCGAACGACGUGUUAUCAAAAAUAUUUAACGUAAUUUCAGAAUUGUCUCAGACAGUUCUCAUUAAAAUGGACAGAAGGAUGCUCUCUCAGAAUCUCACCGUGCCUGACAAUGUGUACGAUAUGAAUUGGAUACCACAACAAGCUACGUUAUGUCAUCCAAACGUGAAAUUAUUUAUAUCUCACGGCGGUUUACUUGGGACACAAGAGGCUGUAGCUUGCGGAGUGCCAAUGCUGAUGGUGCCGCUUUAUGCUGAUCAAGCGCUUAACGCACGAGAAAUGGCAGAUCGGGGUGUAGCAAAAAUUGUAAAACUCGACGAGACAGACGCAGACAAUUGGAGAAAACAUUUACAUGAUUUAUUAACUGACCCAAAGUACAAAGAAAACGCAAUAAAAUUGAGAGAAGUGUUCCUAGAUAGGCCAAUGAAACCUCUAGACUUGGGAAUCUACUGGAUCGAAUAUGUACUAAGACACAAAGGCGCCACACAUCUUCGCUCGCCAGCGCUCGACCUGACGGCAGCAAUGAAGUUAGAAGAAUUACAAAGCUAUUUUAUUUAA